UCAGUUUCUUUCAACACAUGACUGUCAGCUGGUUUGCGUCACGUGAGCAGAACUUUGCGGAAAACGGAAAAAUGACAGGCUCGAAGAGCUCGAGUAAAGUGCGAAUUAUGGCGAUUUUUGUGCUUUUAUUCGCCCUGUUUUCAUCACAGAGCUCCGCUGCUCAAGUGCCACUUCUGAUGUGGUCCAGUGAAGGCUUACCACCCCUGGCCUCACCUGCAGCUGGUCACAUCACAUCCAAUGACCAGCUGACUGCCUACCUCACCUCUGCCUUUGGCUCCGGCCCCAACACUGUGCUGUUAUUCCUGCAGGACAAGUUAAGCAAAGAAGACUUCACACUCUUUGGUGGAGUGUUUGGAAACAAGCAGGACAGUGCCUUCCAAAACCUUGAGGCCGCACUGCAGUCUUCCCCCUCGUCAGUAUCACUCCCUGCUCUAGAGUGGUCAGACUCCUCAGUCAUCCUGGCUCUGCUGCAAGAGAAGCUCAAUGUCUCGCCUGUGCUCGUGGACGCAGACACUCUGUCCCAUCUCAGCAUAAACACAUCCGCCAGCAACCUGCUGCUCAUCAAUCUUCCCUACUGCACCGGAUUGGAAAAGUCGUGCAAGGAAGUCCUGCAUGAAAAUGAUGGAAUUAUUGGGGAGGUUUUGAGUAUCAUGAAAGGUAAAGAUGUCCAAUACACUGCGAUGUACACGGGACUCCAGCCGUCACGAGUGAUUUCGGAGAUGUCCAUGUCUAACCAGCAUGCGGGACGGUCCCUGCUCCAGUCGGUUGAAGCCACAGUCAAAGAGCCCAUCAUGUUUAAUGUAUCCGGUAACACCUGCAUCAUGCUCUGGGCCCAGAAUCUCAACAUCAGCCUCACAGGAGACAACUGGAUCGACCUUGCUACACAAACGCCAUCGUUGGAUGGAUCCAUUUGCAACAGCAGCUACUCACUGCUUGUCCUGGCCUAUCCAUCAGGCCACAUACUACGUUUUUCCAUGAGUCAGCGGUUUUACUCGGUGUCUGCCCGAAACUGGUUCACGUUGGACUCGGUGCAGCUGCAGUUAAACGAUCUCUCUGCAUCUUUCAUCGGGAGACGCGCCAUCUACGCGCCUGCAGAGUACUCCUUCCACUGCCAGUCCGUCACCAGCUUCAGAGACACUCUGCUAGUGCCAAACAACACCAACCAGAACACCACGCAGUGGAGGCUCAACUUUAUCGACUUCCAGAUUCAGGGUUUCGGUUUGGCAAACGGGACAAACUUCUCCUACGCCAGUGACUGUGCAGGCUUCUUCACUGCGGGGAUUUGGAUGGGGCUGAUCACCUCACUGCUCAUGCUGUGGAUUUUUGUGUACGGUCUGCACAUGAUCAUGCAGCUAAACACUAUGGAUCGGUUCGACGACCCCAAAGGUCCUUCGAUUUCAGUGCCUCAGAAAGAGUGAAUCAUUCCCAAAACACACACACUCCUCUGUCCUUCAGUGCCUCCUAGGAGAGUCCCUCCUUGUCAUGUUGCUGUGUUUUUCUUUGAAGAUAUUUGUUCAAGUCUUCCCUCUGACAUUCUCUUCUGUAGUUGUCUAUCCUGAAUCCUUCCACAGCUGUCUUUGGAUACGGUUAUCUUGCAAAGCACAUUUAAUUUCCCCUUUACCAGUGCCAAAGAGGAUGCACCUUUUUUAUUAGUCAACUCGAAGUGCGUGUGCUAAAAGAUGUUUGUGUGCCACUAUUGGCCUGACACUGUGGCUAUUUUCCUUAAAGUAACUAGCAAUAAUAUCUUGAACCAGAGAAUGUAUUCUGUGCCAACACGAAUGUGAUUGCUUGAUGCUGUAGGACCGUUUCAGACCUCUUACUUCUUGUUUUUCCAACUUAUCUGUAAUUUAAAGACUACUGGUUAUGAAAAAGUGCCUGUAUAUAAAGAGUACAUUUGUGUUUGUGGCUUCUGGAAUUGCCUUAGAAAGGUAUGUUAAUAAUUAACCUUGGAUGUAGUUCUGUUCUUGCUGCUUGCAGACAAAUCCAACUCAAGUGCCACCACGAAAUUCAAAUAUUUUCUUCAUGAGUAAUUUAUUUAUGUAAAAAACGCUCUUACUGCUUAUCUUUCAAGUUUACUCCAUUGCUUCAGGUUCAUCAAAAAUAAUAGUGCCUCGUUCUGCUUGUGUCAGACUUAUGAAUGUGCCGUUGCCUUGACUUGUACAUCGUCCCUAAAUACAAAUAAAGAUGUAAAUCUUGGUGUUAA